UUUAACAAAAGAUCCUUAAACGGUACGGUACUACUACUUCGAUUUGUUGUCUGUUUAGAAAGAGAAAAAAGAAAACCCAAAACUGAAGCAAAAACAAAACAAGGACAGACAUCCACCCAAAAAGAACGAAAACACGGUAAAAACAUGUCAACAGCAGACAUACCAGAAGGAACUGUAAGGAAUAUACUAGAACAAGACACACUCAAGUGGGUUUUUGUUGGAGGCAAAGGUGGUGUAGGCAAAACGACAUGCAGUUCGAUCCUUUCAAUUCUCUUGGCUCAAGUCAGAUCUUCUGUUUUAAUCAUAUCUACUGAUCCAGCUCAUAAUCUUAGUGAUGUGUUUCAACAACGAUUUACAAAGACUCCUACUUUGGUUAAUGGGUUCAGCAAUCUGUAUGCUAUGGAGGUGGAUCCUAAUGUUGAAAACGACGAUAUUGGAGGAAACGAAGGAAUGGAUUCUUUGUUUUCCGAGCUUUCGAAUGCAAUUCCUGGGAUUGAUGAGGCCAUGAGUUUCGCCGAGAUGUUGAAGCUGGUACAAACAAUGGGUUAUUCCUGUAUUGUAUUUGAUACAGCUCCAACUGGUCAUACACUCCGGCUAUUACAACUUCCUUCAACUUUGGAGAAGGGGCUUCAAAAGGUGAUGUCUUUGAAAAGUAAAUUUGGCGGCCUAAUUAGUCAGAUGACUCGUCUAUUUGGCCUUGAUGACGAAUUUGGCGAGGAUGCAAUCUUGGGAAGGCUUGAAAGCAUGAAAGAUGUGAUUGAGAAAGUCAAUAAGCAAUUCAAAGACCCCGACUUGACAACCUUUGUUUGUGUUUGCAUUCCCGAGUUCCUCUCCCUUUAUGAAACUGAGAGACUGGUUCAGGAGCUUGCCAAAGUUGAGAUUGAUACACAUAAUAUUAUCAUUAAUCAAGUGCUUUAUGAUGAAGAAGAUGUCGAAUCCAAAUUACUCAAAGCAAGAAUGCGGAUGCAAAAGAAGUACCUAGAUCAGUUCUAUAUGUUGUAUGAUGACUUCAACAUUACAAAACUUCCAUUGUUGCCACAAGAGGUCACUGGAGUUGAAUCUCUAAAAGCUUUUUCAAGAAACUUCAUAUCACCAUAUCAACCUUCCACCAGCAGAGGUACUGUGGAAGAUGUAGAACGAAGGAUAUCCACCCUAAAGCUGCAGUUGGAAGAUACUGAAGCAGAACUAGACAGGCAUCGCAAAGGAAAGCAAAAGGUUUAAACUCCGCAUGGUCAGCCAUUUUGUAAGAGUUAUCAAUUAGAUUGCGUCCAGUCAGGUCAUUUUGGGCUGAUGGGAAGGAGAGUCAAUGCUUUAUUGAAGCUCUGUAUGAUGUUUUGGGCACAUCAAUGAUUUAUCAACUUAUUUUUUUUUGUACCCUUACCUUACUACAGUGAGUGUAAUUCAAGAAACCUGGCUAGUCGCAUCUGCUGAGCUACUUGGGGAUAAAAUGAUGGAUGAUAAUGAAGAAAAGGAAAACGCAGACCAGUUUGGUAGAAAUCUUAGGCGUCCCAUUUCUUAUGCACCAAAAUAAUCUGUAAUUCAAAGUUUCAAGCUUGAUGAAAGAAAACAACAAAAAUGUAAAUUUGGUUUCAUACUUUUCCUGUUAGGCUGGUCAUACAAAGGGGAGAGUUGAAGGUGGGUGGCUCCACUUCUUUCGAUCUUAUGUUUCAGAGAUGAGAUGCCAAAUUUGUUGCUGUAUACUUCGAUGACCAAACUAUCAUUAUAAUUAGCACUAGGUGUCGUUUGUAUUUCAA